UUAUGCUGGUUCCGGGGCGCAGUGAUCCGCGGCUGCGCUCCGUACGCUGGCUGUCGGGUGAAGCACACUGAUGCGCCGCCCGCCAGCCCCGUCUCUUAUAGCCUGAAACGGAGCGGGCUCGUCCACAUAUGACUUUCUCCAGGUUCAAACCAUUAACAAUGCAUGGCUUGUAGGCCGCCAAUCAUGGCCCAAAGGAAGAGGCCUGGGACAAGUGGUGGAAACAGCAUGUCUGGUCCCGGCCCUGCCUCCUGUCCCGCCCCUCGUUCUGCAGAGUCAUGUGAUCUGAAAGGCCUGCCAGUGCGGCAACGCCCACUACGUUACCACAAAGAGUCUCACAAUCCAAAACCCCUUCCUCCUUCCUGCAAACCCCAAUACUCCUCUCCCAAGCCUCAAGAUGUGGGCUGCCGUCAUCCAGAGGACGUAGAUGCAGAUGUCGAUAUGAAGCAGUAUAGCAACCAAGACGUUGACUCUCAGCUUGAGAAUCAGCGGCCAGUGACACCGACCACGCCUGAGCGUGACCCCCGUGAGAGCGAGGACCAUAACGCCCAUAAUCAAGCAGGCUUUCACGGUGAAGUUGACAGUCUGGAUGAUGACUCCAGCUCUGACUAUAUCAACAACACUUCAGAGGAUGAGGAAGACUAUGAUGACGGAUUAGCAGAGGAAGACGAGGGAGUCACUUACUACAUUCGCUACUGCCCUGAGGAUGAUAGUUACCUGGAGGGAAUGGACUGCAGCAGCCAGGGAGACUGUAACCACAGCCACGGCCAGGGAGACUGCUCUGGUAGCAUUCAGCAACACGGAUCCCAAUCUGGUGAAUGCCAGGAGGCCGAGGAAGGAUGGGUAGAGGAGGGGGAAGAGGAGGAGGCAGAGGGAGAGAUAAGAGAGGAGGAAUGGGUUGAAGAUGAUGAAGGAGAGGGUCCGGUGAGAGAGGAGUGGCAAGAGGAUGAGGAAGAGGCGGUAGAGGAAUGGAGAGAGGGAAAUGAGGACGAGCAAGAGGAAUGGAUAGAGGAAGGCCAGAUGAGCCCGGAACAGUGGACAGAACGAGAAAGGCACAGGGUGGAAGAAUGGGGGGAGGGGGAGGUCCGCUGUGAGGUGGUGGAGCAAGAUCCUGAUGAACAGAUUUACAAUGGACGACCAGAGCCCAUAUUGGACCAUCAUCAUCACCACCAGCCACCGGUGCAAGACACCCUCCACACUCCGCGGCAUGACCGAGAGGAGGAAGAAGAGGCAGAGAGCGAGGAGGGCUGUCCCAACGAAGACGAGGAGGAGGAGGAGGGAGAUGAGAAGGAGAGACUUGGAAGACCUUACACCGGAGACUAUUAUCCUCCUGAAGACAACGGGAACUCCGUUCGAGUCUCCCCGUACCGCAGCCGUAAGGUGCUGGUGGUGGAGGGGGAGACAGGGGAGGAGGCAGAGGAGGACAUUGACCAAAUUGUUGCUGAGAUCAAGAUGAGUAUGAGCAUGGGGAGUCUAAGCAGUGGCACUGACCAAAGCCCAGAGGAGCUCGCUCCGGACCCCGUACCAACUGACUAUUCUCACUCUAAACCCGAGGCAGCAUCCUACCCACCGGUUCAUCAUCGCCAUGACAGCAGGCCCAAGUCCCUGAACAUCCCCUCCAUGCACCACAACAACCCUGACCUCCAGAGGGGCACUAAGGCUCAUCCCUGCUCUCCUGAAGACAGACAGCGAUGGGCUCAAGAGCAGGUAAGUAAUGGUCCAGAGCAACCCAGAAAACAGCAGCGCUCCGACCUCAAUGUUCCCUUGGAGAACAACAACGUACCCGAGCCAACAAAGAAAGUUGCCUCCUUCCCCAGCUUUGUUGAUGUCCCUGGGCCCUGCGAGCCAGAAGACCUGAUUGAUGGCAUUAUCUUUGCUGCUAAUUACUUGGGCUCCACCCAGCUGCUGUCUGAGAGAAACCCCUCCAAGAACAUCCGCAUGAUGCAGGCACAAGAGGCUGUCAGCAGAGUCAAGAGGGUUCAGAAGGCUGCCAAAAUCAAGAAAAAGGCGAAUGCCGACCGAGAUGCUCAGACUCUGACUGAGGUCGAUCUGUUUAUCUCUACCCAGAGAAUCAAAGUCCUCAACGCAGACACACAAGAAACAAUGAUGGACAACGCGCUGCGCACCAUCUCCUACAUCGCUGACAUCGGCAACAUUGUGGUGCUGAUGGCGAGGCGGCGGAUGCCUCGAACGGCUUCCCAGGACUGUAUUGAGACGACACCUGGAGCGCCUGAGGCAAAGAAGCAGUACAAGAUGAUAUGUCACGUCUUUGAAUCUGAGGAUGCCCAGCUGAUCGCUCAGUCCAUUGGUCAGGCGUUCAGUGUGGCCUACCAGGAGUUCCUGAGAGCCAACGGCAUCAACCCCGAGGACCUGAGCCAGAAGGAGUACAGUGACAUCAUCAACACACAGGAAAUGUACAACGACGACCUCAUUCACUUCUCCAACUCUGAGAACUGCAAAGAGCUGGUCCUGGAGAAGAGUAAAGGGGAGAUCCUGGGCGUGGUGAUCGUGGAGUCCGGCUGGGGCUCCAUCCUGCCAACAGUUAUCUUAGCCAACAUGAUGAAUGGUGGGCCGGCAGCUCGCUCUGGCAAGCUCAGCAUCGGAGACCAGAUCAUGUCCAUCAACAACACCAGCCUCGUGGGGCUGCCACUCGCCACCUGUCAGGGAAUCAUUAAGGGCUUAAAGAAUCAGGUUCAGGUAAAAAUGAACAUUGUCAGCUGCCCUCCGGUUACCACGGUUCUUAUCAAGAGACCUGAUCUAAAAUACCAGCUGGGUUUCAGCGUCCAGAAUGGCAUAAUAUGCAGCCUGAUGCGGGGAGGCAUUGCUGAGCGAGGCGGGGUCCGCGUGGGUCACAGGAUUAUAGAUAUCAACAGCCAGAGCGUGGUGGCCACAGCACAUGAGAAGAUUGUGCAAGCGCUCUCCAACUCAGUUGGCGAGAUCCACAUGAAGACCAUGCCGGCGGCCAUGUUCAGGCUUCUAACAGGACAGGAGACGCCCAUGUACAUUUAAGCAGCCCAAGAUUGAUGUCUACACUGGACAGGAAAACAUUCAUUUAUCUCGCAGUGAAAACUAAUAGCAGAUUAGCCACCAGGAGGACGGUCAUGCCUCCCCGCUAAUUCUUUUUCCCCUUUGUUUUAACUCUUUGGGCUGAAGACUUUAAUUCUUUAUCGUUUUUCACUCGUCUGUGAUUAACAUGCAACUGCUAUUUAACUACAGAAGAUGUUUCAUCCUACCGACCAGCUAAAGGGGCAGUGUGUUUGUGUGUGCGUGUGGGUGUGUGUGUGUGUGUGUGUGUGUGUGUGUUCGACUUUCAUUUAUUUAUCUGUCCUGUCUGUGAGGAUUUUUUUUUUUGCCCCCUCAGUGUAACAUUGUGAACAACGUUACUGCUUGAAUGUGUCACAGUUUAUUUUUUUAAAUCCAUAUAAUGCAAUAUAAUAGUCCUAAACCUUUUGUAUGGUUCUGCUUUUAAUUUAUUUCCCAUGUACAUACACAAUUUGCUAACUUUGUGAGGGAAGGCAGCUGCCACGGGGACAACGGAGCCAUAUCUGCACUGUAAAUAUUUCCUGAGACGGAGGCAGACCACAAUGGUGGCAAAGGCACAAUUACAUGUUAGUUAUAUCAUGUUAGUUUCCAGUGAAAAGGGGGACGAUUUAAACAAUUUAAGUGUUUGAAUUUGCCGAGCUAACGUACUGUACAUGUGAAUCAAACCAAUGCUCGCCGCAGGGGUUUAUGGGAGAGACGCCAUAUCCUGUUUAAUUUCAAGGCAAUACACAAAUUCAACCUCUACAAACAAGUCUUUUUUUAAACACGUGUACAUUCAAUUAACAAAAAAAAAAAAAGAACAUUGAAACAGCAUAAAUUCAUGCUUUUGAUAUCAGGUUUCAUGUACGAAUAACAUUGUUUUGUUCAUGCGCUUGCCUCCUUUAGGCCCAUCUUUGAGGUACUGAAUCAUGCUUAUUAAUGACUGGACCGUGAAUGUAAAUGUGUUGUGUGAGCCGUCUCAUUGCCAUAUGCAGUAUUAGAAUGUCUGUACAUAGAAAUAAAAAAAAACGUCUAGUGUUGUGCUCAUGUUAAGGAACAAAACACAAAGGUUUAGUCAACAUCCACCAGACUUUAUGUUGGACGCAAGGCUUCAGGGGGAACAAGACAAAGACAGAGAGAGAGAUGUGAAUCACACACUGUGACAGGAACUACCAUGAAGUAACGGUUUAUCAACGCAUUGUAGUAAACUUUAUCUGUAUGAACAUUAUCUGUGUGCAUGCCUCGUAAAAGUAGUUUCUCAUGUCAUUGUGGCAAGACAAUAAAUUACUGAGCUGAACCUG